AUGAGCUUACUGCGACGAUUCAAAGCAACUGAUUUAUUUGAGUUUAAUAACAUUAAUCUCGAUCCACUUACUGAAACAUACAAUAUCUCAUUCUACCUUCAAUAUCUUGCACGAUGGCCAGAUUUAUUUUCAGUUCAAGUGUCCCCACAUAACAACCUUAUGGGAUAUGUGAUGGGAAAGACAGAAGGUACAGGUAAAAACUGGCAUGGUCACGUCACGGCUAUCACAGUUGCACCUGAAUUCCGUCGACUGGGGCUCGCAGACGGUAUGAUGAACUUGCUUGAACAAGUAUCUGAAAAGUCAUACGAUUGUUGGUUUGUUGAUCUGUAUGUGAGAGUAUCCAACUCGGUGGCAAUAGACAUGUACCGUAAAUUUGGAUAUUCUGUCUAUCGAAGAGUAAAAAACUAUUAUGCUGGGCAUACAAACGAAGAUGCCUACGACAUGCGGAAACCUUUGCCAAGAGACGUUAAAAAGGAAACGAUUCGAGAAAACGGAGAAAAUGUCUAUGUUAACCCAGAAGAUCUUGAUUCAUGGCGAUAG